AUGAAGAAAGAUGAAACUUACCAGCAGUAUUUUCUCCAUACGAAAGAAUGUGCACUACAUGGAAACAUCGAAGAUGCAGCACUUAUGAAGUACGUUAUUGAUGGUAUCCAAGACAGCGAAUCUAAUAAAUCUAUUUUGUACAGAGCGUCAAACCUUAAAGAAUUUAGAAAGAAAUUAGAUAUUUACAAAAGUUUUAAAGAAAAGACCCAGACUCGACUCAGUGUAUCUACUCCAUCUGCAAAGAAUAAUAAAAUAAAGCGAUGUUUUAAUUGCCGGGACCUAGAUCAUCAAGCCCCGACCUGCAUAAAGGCACUAAUUGACACUGGGAGUGACGUGAAUUUGAUAAAGUUAUCUGAAGUUGAAACACUUAUGACAGAAAAAGUUAUCUACGACAAAGAAAAAUCAAUACACCUAACUGGAAUUGCUGGAAAAGAACUAAAUACUGAAGGACUUUUGAAAGUUAAGGUUUUGAUUGAUGAUUAUUAUGCUGAUUUGGAAUUUCACGUAGUACAAGAUUAUGCUAUACCAGUCAGUGUCAUACUUGGAAAUCCUAUCUUCAAAGAUUUUGAAAUCAGCUUUACUCGUGAUGGUAUUUUACUUGAAAAGAUUUCUUACCUUAUACUACUGGCAGAAGAGAAGAACACUAUUUGUGAUGAACAUUACCCUGAAAAUAAAGAAAUUGCAGAUAAGAUUACAAAACUAAUUGAAGAAUAUAAAACUGAUGCUAAAAAGAAGGAAAGUAACAUUGAGAUGAAAGUAAUACUUACCGAAGAAGACCCGAUCCAUCAAAGCCCACGUCGAUUCUCACCACUGGAAAUGAAAGUUGUUGAUGAACAAAUAAAAGAAUGGCUAGACCAAAAGAUUAUAUGA